CCGGGUAACACACGACGCCUCGCCUCAGUGAGGGAGGGAAGCGCCAAUCACCGCGCGGCAUCUGACCUGAGAUCAGCUCGCUCAUCACAGACCCCACCGCCACCGAUAGCCGCAGAACCGAUCCCAGAUCAUCCUUUAACCGCGGAAAGCCACUCGACACAGGGAGUUUGUUAUAAACCCAUCAUGUAUUUUGCAGAUAUGCGCGUUUGAGUCACAGUCAGUGUUUAAUUCGCUUAUACACACACAUUCCGCUGACGCGCGCGCGCACACACACACACACACACAGUCUGUUGGCGUGAUCAGGACGGCUGCUCGCGAGCACACACACACAACCAAAGCAGCCACAGAAGACACAGUUACAUCGCAGCUCUGUUCUAAAGUCUACGGCCGCUACCAUGCCACUAUUUGGUAAACCUCACAAGAACCCCACAGAAAUUGUGAAGACCCUGAAGGACAACCUCUCCAUCCUGGUCAAGCAGGACAAGAAGACAGAGAAGGCUUCAGAGGAGGUGUCGAAAUGUCUGGUGGCGAUGAAGGAGAUCCUGUACGGCACUAACGAUAAGGAGCCACACACAGAAACGGUGGCCCAACUGGCUCAAGAGCUCUACAACAGCGGCCUGCUCAUCUCACUGGUGGAAAACCUGCAGCUCAUUGAUUUUGAGGGUAAAAAGGAUGUUUGUCAGAUCUUCAACAACAUCCUGCGCAGGCAGAUCGGGACCCGCAGCCCAACGGUGGAAUAUUUCUGCUCUCAUCAGGAAGUUCUUUUCAUCUUACUCAAAGGGUAUGAGACCCCUCAGGUGGCACUGAAUUGUGGGAUUAUGCUGCGUGAGUGCAUCCGGCAUGAACCUCUCGCCAAAAUCGUCCUCCAUUCUGAACACUUUAAAGAUUUCUUCGGCUACGUGGAGAUGUCCACAUUUGACAUCGCCUCUGAUGCGUUUGCCACCUUCAAGGACCUGCUCACAAGACACAAGGUUCUGGUGGCGGAAUUUUUAGAACAGAACUAUGAUGCGGUUUUUGAUAACUAUGAGAAACUGCUUCACUCUGAGAACUACGUGACCAAGAGACAGUCGUUGAAGCUGCUGGGUGAACUGCUCCUGGACAGACACAACUUCACAGUCAUGACACGGUACAUCAGUAAACCAGAGAACCUGAAGCUCAUGAUGAACCUCCUGCGAGACAAGAGCCCCAACAUUCAGUUUGAGGCUUUCCAUGUCUUUAAGGUGUUUGUGGCCAAUCCAAAUAAAACACAACCCAUCGUAGACAUUCUCUUGAAGAACCAAACGAAACUCAUCGACUUCCUUAGCAACUUUCAGAAGGAUCGCACAGACGACGAGCAGUUUAAUGACGAAAAGACGUAUCUCGUCAAACAAAUACGAGACCUAAAGAAGCCAGCCUCCUAAAUUUUAGCUACUGCAGUAUUAGGGAAAAAAAAAAUAUUAACAAUAAUAAUUCUAUUUAAAAUCUUGGAAAUUUUCUUUUCUUAGUUCUGAGGCUUACAAAAGAAGGUUCCUGAUCUUUGAUGUUCUCUGUCAUUUUUUUUUGCUUUUCAUUAUCCUCUUAUGUUUUAUUUUAUUGGAAACUUUUGUGCCAUGAUAGGAUGUUUUAAAAAGUAGGAAUCAGCCAGUUUGCGUUACAGGAAAAACCGUCUAAGAACAUCGAGACACCUUGCGGAUGAGGAAGUACAGGUAAACUUUCAUUUUCCGUUUCUGGAUGUUUUUCACGAGGCUGGACAUUCUACGUUUUCCAUGGCAUCGACAGCGCCACAACACGGCAGUUUCGCUAUGCUAGAAGAGAUUGUGUCAUGUGGCUAUUGCUGGAAAAGGGGUGAAAUUCCCAAAAGAUUAAUUCUAAGCUGUUGAUUUUCUGUUGAUGACUUGUAACUGCACUACUCUUCAUUCUUGCAUUCCUCCUUUGUCAACUUUUCAUGGCUUUUCUCUGGCAUCAGCAUCCACUUUUAUUUCAUCAGCCUGUGCUUUAUUCAGAACACUACAAACUUGAUCAUUUCCUCCCUGUUCUCUUUAUUCUGUUUGUAUUUUAUAAGAAUGAUUCAGAAGGAUGAAUUCAACUAUCAGUAUUUUAAUUAUUGUUUAUCUGAGCUGAAACAGAAAGAGCAUCUGUGGGUCUUCAUUUACAUUGAGUUGCUGCCAGGCCAUUUUUCUGAUCAGAAAGCAUCACUAUUUUGCUUUAUAUAUUUUUAUUUGAUGUUUACUUAUGUUUAAAACAGACAAAAGCUGAUUUUACUCUUAAGGUGGUUGUCAUUUUAGAAGAAUCUUGGAAAAUCAACUUUGGCACUAAGUGAACUGGUGUAUAUUCCAACUUCAUGUAGAUCGGUGAGGUAUAGCUAUAGUGCUGUGGUAUUACUAUUGGAUGCUCUGUACUAUAGUAACCUUAGUGCUAUAGUAUUUGUUAACUUUAGUACAUCAUACUAAAUUACUUAUACUGUAGUGCAGCUGUAGUAUAAUAUUCAUUUCUAUACUAUAGUAUACCUUUUACUGUAGUAUGUAUUUUGUGCUAUAACCCACAAUUUAUCUGUUUAUGAUGAUUUUGACAGAAGUAGAUUGUUGCAUAGCUGAAAAACAAGAUGAAAUGAGGACAAAAAUGUAAAAACAGGUGCCUUUUGUUUUUGAGUUGUUAAUUUACUCUUUUGUUCUUUUUUUAUUUGAGAAGAAAUUUUGGAAGGGGGAGCUUAAUUUCUUUUUAUUGUAUUUAAUAUGUUCUCAUUGAGCAUAUUUAGCUUGAUUAAGCAAUGAACCUCUUUAACUCACUAUAUUUGAGUUAUGCUGUUGAAGAAAAUUCAUUAAAUUUCAUUCUUUUUUUUCCUCUA